CUGCGCAGGGCUGGCCGCCGGCGGCCGAGGCGAUGAGGGUGUUGGUGCGGCGCUGUUGGGGUCCUCCGCUGGCUCAUGGCGCCGGGCGUGGGAGGCCGAGUCCCCAGUGGCGAGCACUGGCCCGACUCGGCCGGGAGGACUGCCGGGACUCCAGAGUCCGCGAGAAGCCUCCCUGGCGGGUGCUCUUCUUCGGCACAGACCAGUUCGCCCGCGAGGCGCUGCGGGCGCUGCACGCCGCCAGGGAAAACAAAGAGGAAGAGUUAAUCGACAAACUGGAGGUGGUCACAAUGCCUUCCCCAUCACCAAAAGGACUGCCAGUGAAGCAAUAUGCUGUGCAGUCUCAGCUUCCCGUAUACGAGUGGCCGGACAUUGGAUCUGGAGAAUAUGAUGUUGGAGUAGUGGCUUCAUUUGGCCGACUUUUGAAUGAGGCUCUUAUUCUUAAAUUUCCCUAUGGCAUAUUGAAUGUUCAUCCCAGUUGCCUCCCGAGAUGGCGUGGCCCAGCCCCUGUAAUCCAUACAGUGCUUCACGGAGACACAGUUACUGGAGUAACAAUUAUGCAAAUUAGACCUAAAAGGUUUGAUGUAGGCCCAAUUGUCAAACAAGAAACUGUUCCUGUGCCACCCAAGAGCACUGCAAAGGAAUUGGAAGCAGUGUUGUCAAGACUGGGUGCCAACAUGCUCAUUUCAGUUUUGAAAAAUUUGCCUGAAAGUCUGAGCAAUGGAAGGCAGCAGCCAAUGGAGGGGGCGACUUACGCCCCUAAGAUUUCUGCUGGUACCAGUUGUAUAAAAUGGGAGGAACAAACUUCAGAACAAAUAUUCAGACUUUACCGUGCCAUUGGAAAUAUAAUUCCGUUGCAGACGCUCUGGAUGGCGAAUACCAUUAAACUUCUGGAUUUGGUAGAAGUUAACAGUUCAGUCCUUGCUGAUCCAAAAUUAACGGGACAGGCUCUUAUUCCAGGAUCAGUAAUAUACCACAGACAGUCACAGAUACUGUUGGUUUAUUGCAAGGAUGGUUGGAUUGGUGUUCGAUCAAUGAUGCUCAAGAAAACGCUAACAGCUACUGACUUCUACAAUGGAUAUUUGCACCCCUGGUACCAAAAAAAUUCCCAAGCUCAACCAAGCCAAUGCAGAUUUCAGACUCUCAGACUUCCAACAAAGAAGAAGCAGAAAAAAACUGUUGCUAUGCAACAACGCAUUGAGUAGUUAGGAAGAAGAUGGAUAAAAACAUAUUACAUAUUUGUAAUUUAUUAAAAACCUCAUUUACAAGGAAUUAUCUGGACUUUUUUUUUUUUUUUUUUUUUGAGACAGAGUCUUACUCUGUCACCCAGGCUGGAAUCCAGUGGCACUAUCUCAGCUCACUGCAACCUCCGCCUCCCAUGUUCAAGUGAUUCUCCUGCCUCAGCCUCCUGAGUAGCUGGGAUUACAGGCAUGCACCACCACACCCAGCUAAUUUUUGUAUUUUUAGUAGAGAUGGGGUUUCACCAUGUUGGUCAGGCUGGUCUCAAACUCCUGACCUUGUGAUCUGCCCACCUCAGCCUCCCAAAGUGCUAUGAUUACAGACGUGAGCCACCGUGCCUGGCCUGGAAUUAUCUGGACUUUCAAAGAAGAUGGCAGUGUUAUAAGAAGAGAAGAUUAUUGUCGAAAAAAUGGAUUGCCUCACUUUCCACUUUUUAUGUAACAGUAGUUAAAAAACAGCUUUUUUUUACUUGAAUUACAAAAAACUUUAAAUAAAACUUGUAUUUAUGAUACCAAA